AUGUAUAAGCUAUCAACCCAAGUGCAUAAGCUUUUCGUAAAAAAAAUAUCUGAAAAUAUGGAGAUCAAUAGCUUGCCACUGGAAACUUUCAUCGACAUCCUCAGGAGAACAGAUGGCCCGACUCUUGGCACAUGCCGCAGAGUUUGUGUGAAAUGGAAAGAGAUAAUCGACGGGACGGACAUACUUUGGCAUGAAUUUUGCAGAGAAGACUUCCGAUAUUCCUCAAAACUCGCAAAAAGAAAGUCAGGUAACGAUUGCAACUGGUACCACAUCUAUAAAAACCUUUACAUGUGGACGUAUAUUACAUCUUUUGAAAGAAACAUAAGGGAGUUCUACAAAUUCUCUUUGCACGAUAAAACUCAUGCUCUUGAAGUUGAUUACGGUAUUUUGCCUCUGAAAGACGCCAGAGGUGUGGUCCUUUACGACCUAAACACACUUAAAUACAUACCGGUUGUAAUACACGAAAAUCAAUGCGUGAAGAUGGCAAACAAUGACGACGUGACCAUCAUUCACAUUAAGAACUAUUUGUUUGUGCAAAGAACUGUUCCAAGUCACUCGUAUAUAAAGGAAGACUUGUUCAAAUGCGAUCAUUUUAUUCUACACCGAGAUCUGCUAUUUUUUUAUACCAACAGAGAUGUCUUCAAAUGUGAUCUCACAAUGGAAGCCUUAAAACCGAAAUUUAUUGUUCGUUGCACCUGUGAUAUAAAAGAAUUGCAAUAUGACAAUCAUAAACUAUACAUUUUCACUGACUGUGGCAAUAUCGUCACCAUUGACAGUCAAUUGGAAGUUACAGAAGCACCGUUAAACUGUCCACAAGAAUGGAUUCGACAGAUUAAGUAUGUACGAGCUUUUGAUGAUAAAAACUUCAUCUGUUAUUCACGUAACUUGUUUAAGAUUGAAACUAACCAUUACAAGCAUUUAUACUUGGACUUUCCACCAAUAACUGCUUUAUUUUUCUAUGCGGAUGUUGUGCUGAUUGGUACUCGAUCUGGAGAGAUUUUACUAUACCGACUUGACUGUCAAAAGUUCAAGUUUAAACCAAUUUUUGAGAACAUAGCUAUUUUGCCAGAUGGGAAGUUUGCAGUACAAUUGGAUGUAUGCGAGAAAAGGACUGGACCGGUUAUCAUUGCUGCAACCUUUUUUGAGAUUUACCUAUUGGAGUUUUACUUCUUUCCUCAUGAAAGUGAAACAAAGCUGCCUUUCACAACUGAGAAGUUGAACAUGUAUAAGAGAUUGUUGAAACUCAAAUCCAGAUUUGAAGCCAUUGAUCAAAUGAAUCGGAACUAUCUUAUGAAUCAGAUGAAACAAAUGAAUCAAAUGAGUCAAUCAAGCAAUUGAUUUGUUCUACACUCACUUUGAAGGAUUGUACCAGGUUUGAAUUCUGAGGUUA